AUGAUUACAACCUUAUUUCUCUUUUCCUUGUUCCUUCAUUCAACAUUGGCUCAAAUUCCUGCAAUUCCUAUAAAUCCUACAGUUCCUCACCAACCUGCAAUUCCUCAAAAUCCUACAGUUCCUCACCAACCUGCAAUUCCUGAAAAUCCUACAGUUCCUCACCAACCUGCAAUUCCUCAAAAUCCUACAGUUCCUCACCAACCUGCAAUUCCUCAAAAUCCUACAGUUCCUCACCAACCUGCAAUUCCUCAACCUCAAAAUCCUACAGUUCCUCACCAGCCUGCAAUUCCUCACCAUCCUGCAAUUCCUCACAAUCCUGCAAUUCCACAUAAACCUACAAUUCCACAUCAACCUAAAGCUCCUAUUCUUGUCAAGAAAUGGUCCACAUUAAGUGGAAAUGAACCCAUUGUAAUAGCCCGCGGUGGUUUUUCGGGACUUUAUCCGGAAGGUACUCCGGACGCGAUUUCAACAUCAAAAGAUAUAAGCAUUUUCUUUUGCAAUCUUCAGCUGACAAAAGAUGGAGGUGCCUUUUGUGUAACUGGUGAUACCCUUGACAAUGCAACAACGGUUGCAUUGUUUGAUCCUAAGCAGAGAGUUUACGAUAUUAAUGGAAAGGACGUGAGAGGACACUUUUCUGUAGAUUAUGAUACUGCUCAGAUUGAAACAAAUGUAUCAAUGAUUCAGUCCAUAUUUUCUCGACCCAGUUAUUACGAUGGUAUUGAAGCAGUUCUUAAUGUUGAUGUUCUCUUUAAUGACAAAAAACCACCCAAGUUUUGGUUGAAUGUUCAGAAUGCAGGAUUCUACCCCAAACACGGAGUACAAGCAGUACAAAAUGUUAUAGAAAUUUUGGAAGCUUGUCCAAUUGCAUUUGUUUCAUCUUCAGAUAUCGGUUUCUUAAAGAGUAUCGUCGGGAAAAUACCCAAGAUGACUAAAGUCAUAUUUAAACUUCGUAACGCGAUAGAUGUCGAACCAUCAACAAAACAACCAUACAGCGCUAUAGUAAAGGAUCUCUUGACAAUCAAAUCAUUUGCAGCAGGCAUCUUGGUCCCAAAGGAUUACAUAUGGCCUGUUAAACCAGACAAAUAUUUGGGACUUCCCACAACAUUAGUAGCUGAUGCACAUAAAUUAGGACUAGAAGUAUAUGCUUCUGGUUUUGCUAACGAUUUGACUUUGAGUUACAGUUAUAACUACGAUCCAACUGCUGAGUACCUUCAAUUUUUCGACAGUAAAGACUCUGUUGACGGCGUUGUCACUGAUUUCCCAGCUACAGCAUCAAAUGCCAUUAAGUGCUUCGCACAGAACAACACUGCGCAUAAAAAAGGACCAACUUUAAUCAUAAGCAGCAACGGAGCGAGCGGUGUGUACCCAGGCAGCACUGAUUUAGCCUAUGAGCAAGCUAUAACCGACGGCGCUGACAUCAUAGAUUGCUCAGUUCAAAUGACAAAAGAUGGAAUUGCCUUCUGUUCAGAGUCUAUAGAUCUAACAUUACAAAGCACUGCAAUAACUAAAUUCACGGGUCGAUCUACCAUUGUCCCAGAAAUUCAACCAAAAAGUGGAAUUUUCACCUUUGAUCUUACAUGGACCGAGAUUCAAUCAGUAAAACCUCAAAUUGUCAGCUCUCAAGGCAACGACUUUCAAAGAAACCCGGCAAAUAAGAACAGUGGUAAAUUUGUUACCCUUGCAGAAUUUUUGGAAUUGGCCAAGAAAAAGGCAGUUGUUGGCAUUUUGGUCCACAUACAGAAUGCUGCUUACCUUGCAUCAAAGAAGGGUCUUGACAUUGUAGGUGCUGUCACCACAGCUUUGAACAAUGCUACCUUUGACAAGCAAACCACACAGCAAGUCUUCAUUCAAUCAGACGACACUUCGGUCCUAUCCAAGUUUAAAGAUAUCCCAUCUUACAAAAGGGUUUUGUUCAUUGAAGAUGUUAUAGACGAUAUACCAGUGCAAACAGCAGAAGAAAUUAAGAAGCACGCGGACGCAGUUAAUCUCCUCAAACUUUCUGUCAUCAAAACAUCUGACUCCUUGUUGAUACGAAUAACAAAUGCUGUUAAAGCCUUGAAAGAUUUAAACCUAAAAGUAUUCGUCCAUACUCUCAAAAACGAAUACUUGUCGCUGGCAUUUGAUUAUUGGUCAGACCCUACUAUUGAGGUUUCUACUUACGUUAAGGCUGUCAAUGUUGACGGCAUCGUGACCGAUUUUCCAGCUACUGCAUCCAGAUAUAUGAGAAGUCCGUGUAGUGAUCUUCAGUCGCGUAUCCCCUUGGAACCAAAACCUGGUGAUCUGUUGGAUACUGUUCCAGCUGAACUGAAACCAGCAACAGAACCUCCUGUACCACUACUGGUUAACAAGGUUGUCGAUCCACCUCUUCCUGAAGUGAUUAACCUGACAAAAACCGAGCCUGCGGCUGCAACUACUCCUCCACCUCCUUCAGGCACAGGGGCGUUCCGUGUCAACUCCGGUAGCACCUUAGUUGCAGUUUUGGUGGUUGCAAUGCUUUAUGCUGAUCAUUGA